GACUCUGUUCGGAGGAACGAAUGAAGUUCGACGGUUAGAAUUGGGCUGUAUCCCUCCCUCGCGCCUUCUCUUUCGGCCCCGCCUCUCGGGCUCCGUGCUGCGAGCAGCCCCUCUUCUCCGCCCAGUGGUUCGGGUGGGAGGUUGCUGGCUGGGUCUGCUCGAGCGAGCCCCGAGGGGAUUCCUUCCUUUUUCCUCAGCCGUGCGCGCGCCUCCCAACGCUUCUGGGAUAACGAUGCAGUUUAUGUUGCUUUUUAGUCGCCAGGGAAAACUCAGACUUCAGAAGUGGUAUGUCCCAUUAUCUGACAAAGAAAAGAAGAAAAUCACAAGAGAACUUGUUCAAACGGUCUUAGCCCGUAAACCGAAAAUGUGCAGCUUUUUGGAAUGGAGAGAUCUGAAGAUUGUCUACAAAAGAUAUGCAAGCCUCUAUUUCUGCUGUGCCAUUGAAGAUCAGGAUAAUGAAUUAAUAACCUUGGAAAUAAUUCAUCGUUAUGUAGAAUUACUUGAUAAAUAUUUUGGAAGUGUCUGUGAACUUGAUAUCAUCUUUAAUUUUGAGAAGGCUUAUUUUAUUUUGGAUGAAUUCCUCUUGGGAGGGGAAGUUCAAGAGACCUCAAAGAAAAAUGUUCUUAAAGCCAUUGAACAGGCAGAUCUAUUACAAGAGAGCCAGAAUGAAGACUGGGGAGGUUUGUCUGAGGAUAUCUUAUGAUUAAGAACAAUCUAAAGCCUUAGCGCUUUGGCCCCUACCUGUACAAUUGCCACGUCAUGAAUACUUUAAUGUCCCAGUAUACUAAAUGACUUCAUUCAUCAUGCACACAGAGAGGCGCUAGAACUGACUUUCUCAUGGCAGAACGCUUUUCCUCAGCUUGGUGAAUCCAAUCAUCUCGAACAAACUAGUGUAUAUCACAGUUGUGUUUUUUGUUUUUGUUGUUUGUAUUUUUCCUUGUCCUUCCAUUUGCAGUGUUUGUUUUUCUUCAUAUGUUUUGUCAGCAUGCUGUAAUUUCCAUGUUAAAAUAUUUAAAUUAACUCAUUAGCACUUGACAUAGCAUGUAAAACUCCAGCUUGAAAUACUUUGCUUAGCCUUGCUUUAUCAGUUAAACAUUCAACCCCAUGGUACAGUAUUCUAUCAAAAUGUAAACAAAUAUAAUUUAUAUAGCUAUCACAUAGAUCUCCACUGAAAUCUAUACAUUUAUCCCACUAAAAAUAUUUUCUAAAUAGUGCCUUCUUACCAUGAAAAACAACCCUGAAGGCCACAAAUUGUGAUACAUACAUAUUAAACAGAUUUGCUUCACCUCUAAAUAAGUUUAAAAAAUAAGUACAUCAAUCUUGCAUUCUCUAGAGUGCAUGUACAUAAGGUGUUCCUUCUGCAUGCAGUCCUUUUCAUUAAUUUCAAUAAUUAGAGUUGAUUUAUAUGGAUAUUUUCAAUGCAUGUAUGGAGCUCAUCCAAAUGUUACAAUAUCAAGAAAAAUGACUGUUCAUAAAUGUACAGAAGCAACUACCAAAAUAUAUGACUAAAAAAAUCUGGUUUCAUUCUAAAACAGAAAUAGUCAUAAUACAAAUAGAGAAGUGACUGCUGUUAACAAAGUUAGACUUUCAAAAUGGUAGUUAAAAAACCUGGAAAAUGGUUUCUGCCAUAUGAUUAAAUAUAGACAUAGUGUAUGUUUCAAACACAGGGGGUUUAACGUUACUUCCUGUUAUGUCUGAGAAGCACACAAAAAGCAUUUGUAUUGCAGACCUUUUCCCUGGUAUUGCCUCUGUGAAUGUAUAUGGUAAAUGUUGCUUUGCAUUCUUUUAAUGUCUGGCUUUUCAAACUGCUGCGAAUGGAGUGCUGAUGAUGGUGCAGUAUUGUUGCACCUUUAUAUAGCUGCAUGCCUGUAAAUUACUGUGAAGUUUUUUGAGCAUGUCUGUAAUAAACUAUUGCAUGCACUUCUCAUGUGACUGGCUUUUUUUCCCUCCAUUUCUUCUGCUGUGAUAUAAUUCAUAUUUGUGGAAUUCACCUUAAUUCUGAUUUGCAGACAUAACAUAUGAAGCUCUUUUGAUAAAAGAUUAAAUUUGGCUAUUAAUGUGAUUUUUAAGAAGUUUGCACAUUCUCAAAGAGCUGUUAACAUUUAUUCCCUUGAGUGGUACAGCUACUUUCCCCAGAUAGCAUUUGGGAUUCAGACUUGUUGAGGGUGUGCUGUAUCAUUGCACAUAGUACAUUGUUAAAAGUAUAAAACACCAUUUUUAAAAACGUUCCUGCAAUAUGAAAAUACAUACAGUAAUAGUAGUAUGUAGGUUAUUACAGAAAUAUAGUGCAUCUACAUUACAUUAUGCUGGUCUAUGACUGUAAUAAAGAUUUGAUUUGAAUUGAUUUGAAUUGAAUUGAUUUGAUUUAGUGCAAUUGAUUUGAUUUAGAACAUUAACCUUCAUAUAAAUAGAUCCACUGGUGCAGAUGAAAUCCAGUAUAUUUCAUUUACUGGAUUACAGCUCUAACUUGCAUUAGAAAUCACCAGAAGCAAGUGUCUGUCUUCUUGAAAUAGAACCAUUUUGGGAAUCUACCCUUCUUUAAGUCAAAUCUGUUUUUGGAAGGAGUUGUAGCUUUGCAUAAUGAAUGAGGGUGCAUUUCCCUGCUAGUAAAUCUGCUGAAUGAUGAAUCUUCAGAAUGAUGAAUCUAAUAAAAACUUAUUUUGCACAGCAAAAUUAGUCGAGUUUUCUAUAUCAAGUUUAAAUCUUUAUGUCAGCACUGAACAAUAAAUAGAGCGCUUGCUGCUAAUGACUAAUAUGAUUCAGAGGUGUUACAAAUAGUUCCUUCCUUGGGAAUUCAGAAUUUUAAAUGUAUGUCCUUGCACACUUGUAUAUUCUUGUUGUAUUUUCUGUGGAAAUAUUGCUAAAUUCUGAUUUUCUUUCUUUUUGGCU